UAGCCAUGGGAGUCAGUGGGUUUAUAGUGGAUGUCGGACAGAAGUCGAUCACCUGCGAUGGAGAUAGUGAGGUCCAGAAAUGGUAGGGAAAUGUCGGAAAUGGUCCAGGUGUAUUUGAGUGCCGGAUGGAAGUUAGUGGUGAAAUGGAUGAAGUCAGUGAGUUGUGUGUGGGCGCAGGAGGUAGCACCAAUGCAGUUGUCGAUGUAGCGGAGGUAGAGUUCGGGGAUGGGGCCCUGGUACGUCUCGAACAAGGAUUGUUCGACAUACCCUACAAAGAGGCAGGCACAGCUGGGGCCCAUGCGUGUGCCCAUAGCUACGCCUUGUAUUUGGAGGAAAUGGGAGGAGUCAAACGAAAAAUUAUUAAGGGUGAGGACCAGCUCUGCUAGGCGGAGGAGAGUAUCAGUAGACGGGAUUGGUUAGUUCUCCAGUUGAGGAAGAAACGGAAGGCUUUGAAACCCACCUGGUGGGGGAUGGAGUUGUAGAGCGACUGGACGUCCAUGGUGAAGAUGAGGGGAUGGGGGCCUAGAGAACAGAAUUCCUGGCGAUGACGGCGAGCGUAUGAGGUGUGCAUGCUCUCCACACCAAACGAGAAACAAGCUGAACUAAUAUCACUGCGGACGAAUGAUACAGACAGAAAUCUUGUGUAAUACAAGACUGAAUCUAGUAGUCUCUCUAUCUUGACACUCGUUGAGCGCCACAAUAUUUGUUUACUGAGCAGCUGCGAAAUGCCUUGGGACAUUUUGCUCCAGUGUAGUCAGCAUCAUAAGUUGCUUUGGUCGGAUUGUGCCUUGAGGCGAUUUACGUCACCUAAAGUAGCAGAUGGGAUCUCAGUUUAACUCAACACACACAGAAUGCUGGAGUAACUCAGCGGACGAGGCAGCAUAUCUGGAGGACAUGGAAAGGCAACAUUUCGGGUUCUCCAGAGAUGCUGUCUGACCAGCUGAGUUACACCAGCAUUUUGCGCCCUGCGCAAGAUUGCAACAUCUGCAGUUUAUUAUGUGUCGGUUUAACCGGGCCGGUGGAGUACGAACAUACUCAAAACUCCUGCUUCGCCGCUUACUUAACCGAUUACACAACUUCUGAAACUAGGUUUCGCUGAAGUUAAAGGAACGGGUAGUUAGUUAGCAACGCAGUUAAACAAUGCAAGGCGAAUUUCAACCCGUGUGAAAGUCUUGCCGCCGGUAUCGGCUGCCCCGGUCCAGGGGGCUGCUACCCCUGGGUUGGCACGGUAUUCUCCAGGGGAAGUCUUCCUUCUGUCUUGCUACCUCUCCACGCUAGUGUUCGGCCAUACGCCAUUCUAUCUCGCCAAGAUUUAGCUUAGUUUACAGAUACAACGCAGAAACAGGCCCUUCGGCCCACCGAGUCCGCACUGACCAGCGACCCCCGCACAUUAACAUUACCCUACACACAAGGGACAAUUUACACCAAUACCAAGCCACUGCAAACCUGUACCCCUGGUAUUCCAUUUACAGAUUAAAUCUUCCUCGCCCUCUAUUUCUAAUUCGUCGAGAGCUGCAAGUAAUUUAUUUGCUUGUCGCCGAUUCUCAAUAAAUAAUUAAAGUUUGUUAUUUUGUAAAAAUAUAUGAACACAAAACUCCCUAUCUUGUCUCGUUAUCUCGCCCUGCCCGAGAAAUCUCUGCAAGUUAAACCUGGCCGUCUGCAGUCGUUCGCUAAACUCCUAGUGAAGCGGCCAAACCGUUAUCAUUUCAUAUCUUAAGCAUUAAAACAUCGCGUUGACAAAGACUAAACCGACUGAUGCAUAAACGCAGCGUUCGCAAUCCGUCUGUUAAUGCAGAAGAUCAAAUAUUAAAAUAGUGUUUGCGUGGAAAUGUGUAAGUGCACAUGUGUGUAUUAUAUACGCGUGUAUGUGCAAUGUGUACGAGUACAUCUGUAUAUGUACGUGCAUGUGUAUGCAUCUAUAUGCUGGAGUAACUCAUAGUAAGAUGCUGGAGUAACUCAGCGGUCCAGGCAGCAUCUCUGGAGGAAAGGAAUGGGUGACGUUUCGAAUCGAGAUCCCUCUUCAGACAUAAGUACAUCUGUAUGUAUGUGAUGUGUGGAUAAGGACACCUGUUUGUGGGUCCGCAUAUGUGUAUACCUGUGUGCAUUGAGUCUGAAGGGUCCCGCAUCGAAAUGUGUGCGCGAGGGAGAUAAAUAAGUCAAGUCAGAUGUUAUUUCCUGACUCCUGGUGUAUUUCGUUACAGAUCUGAUUCGGAUUUGCUGACAAAAAUAUAUAGUGAGCCGCGUGACGAAAGGCUUCUCGAUUUCUGUUCUUGCAGUGUGACGAGCAGGAUAAUACAGAAGAUUGUGUUUAUUGGUAUCGUGCUAAGCCCCUUCUGUAAAUCACCAACUGUUCGGCCGGCCGAAUGAUGCGCUGAAUGCAUCUGGCAAGAUGAUUCAUUCGUUGAUGCAUUAUUUACACGGACAUCUCUCCUUUCAGCGAGGAGACCGUGCGCGACCGUCCUUUCCCCCGCGCAACGAGCGUUCAUAACCCUGCCCACUCUUUGACACCUCAUCCCGAUCUUACGCCCUCCCCCGCCUUGCCUUGACAAGGUUCAUCUUGCGAAUGCAAUCUGCCUCGGAAAUCCCCUGCUGAAUCUCCACGGCAGCCCUUUCCCUUCCACUUUUCCGUACUCCAUCUCCGGGCCGUUUGGACUCCGUCCUCAGCGACCCACUGAAUCAUCACCUCUCCACGAACACAAAGUGGGAUCUCAGCACAGUCUGACUGUCUUCAUAAAGUGGGAUGGAAUAGUCAGGAAUCGGAGAGGAUGAUUAGUGAAUGAACUCCACUCUCAGAAUUUGUAACCUUCUGCUCUUGGUUUGAGAAGGAGAGAUGGAAACAAUGAUCCGUGCCACGCCACUGCUGGUGUUUUUCCAACUCAGUGUGGUGAACCCCACCUCUGAUCCCUGGGCUGUGUGUCCCAGAGGGUGCAAUUGCAGAGAAGGCCUCAAGUAUGUGAACUGCACGUCAGCCACGCUCCACCAGAUCCCCACCAGCCUGCCGCAGGACACGGAGCACCUGGACCUCUCCAACAACAAUCUGACCGUCCUCCCGACAAAAGCCUUCCACACACUGUGGAAGAUGAACAUUCUCCUCAUUAGUUCCUGCAAUGUGAAGCAUGUGGAAGAUGGUGCCUUCGCCUUGCUGGAGAACCUCUGGAGGUUGGAUCUCCAGAGAAAUGACAUCAGGCAGCUGGGCAGCAGUUUUUCCACUGGCCUCUCCUUCCUCACUGAACUCAUCCUAUCGGAUAACAACCUGGACAGGAUUAGUUCACAAAUGUUCCAGUACAUGGAUAAUGUGCAGAAACUCUACCUUGACAAAAACAGCAUUGAUCACAUCAUGAAUGGAGCUUUCAGAAGUAUGACAAGGCUCCGGCACCUGCACCUUCAGGAUAACAGGCUUGAUUUCCUAGACAACGGUGUCUUCUUUAUGCUUCAGAGUCUGGAGGUGUUGAAUCUUCAGGGUAAUCGAAUCAAAGAUGUGGACACCGGCGUUUUCACUUCAUUGACUAGUUUGACCAUCUUAAACCUUUCCAGGAAUGGCUUGGAACGGAUUAAGUUCAAGACGUUCUUGGGCAUUCAGACUUGGGGCACUCACAUCCUGCUGUCCCAGAAUAACUGGACGUGUGACUGUGAGCUUCAGAGGGUUUUCGGCAAGUUGCACAAUGUCCAGCGCUUGAUAGUGGAUGACUACGACGAGGUGAUCUGCUUGGAACCGCCGGCGCUGAGAGAUUUGCCUUUAGCAUCUGUUGACACGCAGCUGUGCAUAGCAGAGACCGUCACCGUCUUGGUCAUCACUUUCACGGUCUUCAUCACCGUGGUAGCCGCCAUUGUAAUGGCGGAAAGGAGCAGGAAGAAACGGACUGGAAAGCACUGGAGUGAGGAAAGCGAAGACUUGGAUUCCCAAGAUUAAUGCACUUAAUUCAGUGGUCAUGAAUAAGGUUCUUUCCUUAUAGGUCGGAUCCUUGGGUUGUGACUCUAAGCUAACUAGAAUAUUAAAAUCCAAGGUUCAAUCGAUUUCCUGGCCUUAGUUGGCCAAACUGGGUGUGAUACAACUGACCUUGAUGUUAUCAGAUGAGGAAAGGGAAUAAAUAAGCUUACUCCUGAUUUACCACAAUAAUCUGGCCGAGAUUUGUAUUUGCUGGGACAUGCUGUAGGUACCAGCAUGGCUUCAAAUGUUACACAGUCCGAGUGUUAGCUGUAUACACCAAAACAAAAGGUGUGGGACGAUCACUUUACCUAUUUCACUGUUUGUAGUGGGAUGGAGAGGAGGAGGGAUGUCCUUAAGAGCAGCAGACUGAAUGGAGAGUGAAAAUCUGCAAAUAAGUGGGGGUUUCACAAGACCCCACCAUUACCCUGAUCUGGUAGAGAAUGCAAAUGUAAUUUUAAUUAUGUAUGGCAAAAUGGCCCAAGCAAAAUUGUUAAUCCAUUGAUGGCAAAGAAAACACAAGAUUGGAAUGCUCAGAUGAAAAGGACAUAAAAAUAUUUAUUGAAAUUGUGUUACUAUUUUGAAUAGUUGUCAUUUACAAGACUAAUUAGGAUGUUUCCAAACAACGGGCUUGUUUGGGUUAUAAUGUUAUCAACCCUUUCGUUGCAGCCUUGUAACACAGUUUUAGUGCACAAAUCUCCACUAUUGUUACCACUUGUCAUAAUGUUUCCAUAACAUAAUAUUUUCAAGAAAACUAUCCUUGUGGUAGUCACUGUGGAAUGAUGGUCUGCAGUCAGAGCAACUGGAUGCCAAACUAGAGCUAAGAUAUUAACAGAGAAACCGACAGAGGACAUGACAUUUUCUUUGACCUGGGAAACACAGCAAUAAUAGAGGUCAGCUGGCUGGUCCUUGACUGUAAAAAUUGAAAUCAUGUUUCCAGAUAAUAUUCAGAAUAUUCUCAAGAAAAAGAAAAUUUGAGAAAUCAGGUUGGAGAAUGAAAAUUGUGGGCAAUUAUAACCAUAUGGUUAUACUGGUAAAUAUUUUUCCAGUUAGAGCAAAUGCAUCACCCAUUGUUUCACUGAUAAACCAUACUGGCAUGUUUCAGUUUAUUUCCGUGUCUGGUGCAUACAUAGGAUUACAAGAUUUUUUGAAGUGAUGAAUGAUGCUCCAGAGUGAACCAAUAUUAGCAAUGUUACAACAUUUUGAGAUUUUAAAAAUCAAGCCUGUAAUUUAUCCCAUCAGAUAAAGCAUAAAAGAACUUUAAAUUGAUACCUAAUUCACUUUCAUAUCUUCAGUAUUAAAACUUUUAUGGUCAUUUCAAUACUCGGAAAUUAGCAUCUUGUUCACUAUUGCUUUUCCAUUAACUUAACACAGCUGUGAUUGAGGACAGUCAAUUGACAUAAAAGUCCAUAACUUUCUUAAAAAAUAAGAGAACUGAAUGAAAUUUUCAUUUAUUAUAGAUUGAAGCAUUCUGAAACAAAUAUGAUACAUCUUACUUGGAUGACCUGAAAUUAAAGGAUAUAAUUAGUUAGUUACCUAAUUGUAGAUAAUUACAAAAUUGAGCGUCGUGACGGAAAUAGUAAUAAACACCCAGGCUGCCUUGAAAAUUCAAAAAUGUGGUAUUCUCAAGAUCAGAACUUUAA